GCUUUUGAUUGGCGAUCAAUGCAGACGGCACUGCAGCACUAGGGAUUGACAAAAUACUUCACUGCGAUAGCUAUUAUAAAAUCUGAUUAGGUCAUGCCGGCUAUAUGAUUUACUGGUCAUUAGUCGGUUUUGGAUGACUUGCUGGUUGCUUUUUGCGCACUAUUGUCACUAACACGCCAAUAUGUGUGACCUGUUGGCGUUUUUUGUUCUAUUUUUGCAGGCGAGGCUAGCCCUUACAGACAAAUAUCGCCAUGGCACAGCGACUCUGCACGUGUGUACAAUUGAUGCUGGCGGCUGCGUGGUAUAUUUGUACCAUUCCGGCGAAUGCUGCCCCUCCUUACCUCAAUGACAAGCCCGACAACGCUACGCGAAAGGUGUGCUACAAACACGUAGGCUGCUUCAACCGCCAGGACUACACGCUCACGCACCCAUCGUCUUUCCCGGCCAACCCUACCUUGGCCAAGACUGUGUUCAAAUUGUACUCGCGUUCCAAACGUCACCGGUCCGUGCACCUAGACUACCACCCAGAUACAAAGUUGGGCGACAAGGACCAAUUUAAAAUUGAAAAGCUGCUCAUAUUUCUCGUGCACGGAUUCAUGGAGAACGGAGCAAACCCCUGGAUCACAGCAAUCAAAGACGCCUUCUUGGAUGAGGUGGACGGCAACGUCAUCAUCGUGGACUGGGGCAGGGGCUCAAUGGGGCUGCAGUACAUGAAGGCGGUUGGCAACACGGCGCUAGUUGGUCGAGAGAUGUAUCUGCUGCUGAAACGGAUCAUUGAGCGGCACCCUGCCACGGUCGGGCCUGAUCAGGUUCAUGUGGUUGGAUUCAGUCUUGGAGCACAAAUCGCCGGUUUCUUCGCUCGAACGUUCAAGCUGUUGACUGGGAAAUCCAUCUGGCGCAUCACCGCAUUAGACCCUGCUGGUCCGCUGUUUGCUGGUACGAGAAUGUGCGUCAGCAAGGGGGACGCCCGUUUCGUGGACGUCAUCCACACCAGCGGCGGUGACGACAUUUUGAAGGGCCAUAUGGGUGUAGCCACACCGAUUGGCGAUGUCGACUUUUAUCCAAAUGGGGGCAUGAAGCAACCCGGAUGCAUAGCGCCCAUUCCCUGCUAUCACCUGCGAGCGACGGCUUAUUUCCUCGAGUCUCUUCGUAACAAGAAGUGCCAAUUCGUGUCUGCAGCAUGUAAGGACGGCUUCCCGGCAAUGGCGAAAGGCCGGUGCGUGACCGGCACGGAAUCUGGGCUCAUGGGAUACUACAGCUACACAGCAGCCGGUAGAGGAGUGCAGACGCUCACGACCAACGCGCAUCCAGACUACUGCAAUACGACCAAGAAGACCGCGUGACUGGUAUGCCUUGUUAAAGUUAGUUCCCUUGGCCUCCUUGAAGUGACAUAAAAUUCUUCGAAACAA